GACGACACGGCGCGGCCCCAGACCGUGGCGUCGACGGAGCCGCGCCUCGCGCGCUACCGCGCGCUCAUCGCCGCCGUCUUUGCGCUCACGGGCGUGCCGUUCGUUUUGAACACGUCGUUCAACACGAAGCCGGCCGAACCCGUCGCGGAGAGCCCCCGCGGCGCCGUGUCGAGCUUCCUCGCGGCGAACGCGCGCGCCGCGGCGUCGCCGACGCGGCGCCUCGACCUCCUCCUCGCGACGCCCGGGAAGCUGCGGCGCGCGCGGCGCUGCCCCGUCGACGAGGCCGCGGGGUCGUUCCCGGGCGCGGCCGCGUCGUUCCCCGCGCGCAAGCACGCGCGCUACGCGCUGACGACGACCGUCGAGCGCGGCGACGACGGCGAGCCCCGGGAAACAUCGACGCUCCGCGUCCUCGACCUCGACGAGCCCCUCGAGGACGCGGCGCGGACGAGGCGCGGCGACGUCGAACUCCUCGACGCGCUCGACGCGGCCAUCUACGAGCGCUGCGACGGCGAGCUGUCGGCGGCCGAGCUCGCCGCGGACCUCGUCGCGGACCUCGACGAGGACGAGAGCGACCCCGUCUCCGAGGCGGACGUGUACCUCCGCCUCGCGCGCCUCUGGCGGCUCACGCUC